AUGAAUUCAAGCAGACGUAUGGACAGCCUGAAUGAUGCUUUCUCAAAGAACUUCAUCACCUUUGCUCUCGGCUUCCUCAUCAACUGCAUCAAUGGAGCUUUUGUCUACAUUUACUUUAAGAGCGAGGUCUUCCAGCGAGACCCCAGGUAUGUGCUAUACAUCCAUCUGGUGAUCAACGACAUGAUUAUGCUGACAGUUUCUGUGGCCUUGCAAAUCAUGAUCUACACCAUUCCCCUGAACUUCGCACCUUGCUGCAUCAUGCUGCUCAUCUUAAUCACUACCAACAAGAACAGCCCUCUGAACCUGGCUGGCAUGGCGGUGGAGCGUUAUAUUGCUGUUUGCCGACCUCUUCAUCACGUCCAGAUGUGCACUGUGCAGCGGGCCUACGCUCUGAUCGCACUAAUCUGGGGCGUCUCCAUCAUUCCCGCCCUCACAGAUAUCAUCAUCAUCCUCGCCACCCAGCCUCCCUCUGUCUACUCAAGGACUGUCAUCUGUUACCCUGCCUAUUUGUACAGCACAGCGCACCACAAGGCUCAGAGUGUGGUUGUUCAGACCCUUCUGUUUUCCUUCGUCGGCCUGACUCUGAUCAUCACCUACCUGAAGGUCCUCUGCGCUGCCCGGGCCGUCUCUGGUUCAAACAAGGACUCGGCCAGAAACGCCCGCAACACUAUCCUGCUGCACGGAGUCCAGCUCCUCAUCUGCAUGUUGUCAUUCAUCUCCCCCCUCAUCACCGUCAUCCUACUCACCACCUGGCCCCGUGAGCGCACCAAGAUCCUCUUCACCACCUUCCUGUUUACCAACGUGCUUCCUCGUCUGCUCAGUCCUCUCAUCUACGGAGUAAGAGACAAGAAGUUCAGCAGCCACAUCAGGCUGCACUUCUUCUGUAAAUGCUGCAACUCUGUAGAAAAGAAAGUGAACCCAGUGGGACCAUGGAGAAGGUCCAAACAGGUGCUACAGUGAAUCACCUAUAAGACUGUACCUUUAAUUCAGCAUGCUGUAGACCAUGAAAUAUAAACACCACAGAUCACACCACACAAGCUGAUUUUGGUGUGAACUGAAAUCAAUGUUUGUCAGAGCACAGUCAGUAAUUAUGUAAAAUAUACAUUAUUUUUUUAAUGCCCUGUUUGCUUUGACUUUAGACCCAAAUGUUACUUUCAAAAGAUUUUUGUUUUUUAAAAAAAAUGAUUGAAAAAAAAGUAUAAUUAUUUAGAAAUGUAUAUGAACUGCAGUAUAAUGUCGACCAGCUAAAUACAAACUGCUUCAGAAUACUGGAGUUUUUUCUGUUUUUCUGUUUCUGUUUUUCUGUCAGCUCAAGGUGCAUAAAGAAACGCUUUAAAAAUUCAGCUGCUAUAAUCAUCAUUAGAAAAACUGAAUUUGUUCAUUUCACACUACAAAAACAACACUAAGAAUCAGCAACAGUUUAACUGUCAGCACCAACCUCAUAUGAAAAAGGACAGAAUAAGAGAAAAGAUAACAGAUUUUUGUCGUGUGGCUCUGCUUCAUGAAGUACAUGUUUAUGGGAUGUGAUGGGACCUGUGGAGCUACAUGUUCACAGUGAGAUGUAAAACCAGACUUUAACCACUAGAUGGACCAAUUAUCACAGACAUCACAGAAUAAUAAUAAAUAACUACAUUUCUGAAUAUAUGAGAGUUGUUAAGACUUUUUCAAAUCCUGGUCAGUAAAGUUGUGUUUUCUUUUUAUUUGUUCACAAAAAACUAAUUGUUGUGAUUUAUAUUUUUUAUAUAUUUUAUAUAAAAUAGUUUAUAUAGACAUUGAUGCAUUUCGUCUUUGUUUUUGUUUUGAUUUUUCUUUAUGAAAUUUAGCAGCCACUCGUUUAUGUAUCUAUGUUACCUGUCUCAUUUGUGUUACAUUCCUGAAUCCUUACCAAAUUAUACGUGAAAAUCAUGUCUUAUAAAACAUCCAUCAGGAAAAUGAAGUAAAAAAUGUGUUCACAAAAAUAUAUAUGAAUAAAUAAAUAAAAACAAACUCA